UUCUUGGGCUGGGCUGACCAGGCCGCGCCGGGCUGGGCAGGGCCGGGUGGCUCGGCGUCGGUGCCGGUGUGCAGGCGGGGCGGGCUCCGCGCAGUGCGGGCUCCUCAGGACCGGAGGGCGGCGCCGCGGCCUCCGCUCGGGCCGCACGGCAUCAAGGGGAAGAAGCUCCGCGGUGACGUCCCGUUACUCCCGGCCCUGCCGGCCCGUCCGGGCUGCCGCCGCGACAUAGCCUCGCCCCCCUGCACAGCGCCCGCCCUCGCGACCGACCUGCUGCCGACCGCCACAGAGCGCCCGGGCAAGCCAGCGAGCGAGCAACCUCCGCUUCCUCCGCCGGACAACAACAAGCGUCCGCACGGCCCGUCCCCACGCUUCUGAAUGGCCCGCUCUAGCCUCGGGGAUCGGGAGGUCGAGUAGCCAUUGGGUGCGGUACCCGCCGCUCAGUUCUGCCUUCUACUCCCACUGGCUCAGAAGCCUGUCUGUCACGCUUGUCUUCGUACGAGCCCUCCUUCCCCCGGCGCCCACUGGUCGCAACUUGGCGGGCUCCGCCCCCUCGGGGGAUCGACCGGGUUCCCAGGGAGGCGCGGCAGGCCCGGCUCGCGGUGUGGGCGUGGCGGAGUUCGCUGGGGGCUGUGGGUAGUUACCUACCCCGCUGCAGCCUCUGCCCGCUAGAAUCUCUCGGGGCGAUGACGCUGCGCCGGCCCUCCAGCUGUGGCCUGUGCUUCGGUCCCUGAUCUUUUGCCCCCGAGGUCCAGCUCACACUUGACCUCCUCGGCGCCCUGCUCAGGCCCGUUACACGUCGCCCGCCUCGGGCCGUGCCCAUUCCUGGGCACAGCGAACGAGUCAGGCUUGGCGGGUGCGAGGCGCUCGGUCCUGCCUUGGGCCCUAACACUCUGGUUGUGCCCGGAACCCCAGACUCGCAACUGCGGUUUCCGGCUGGGGAAGCCGCUCAGAGGCCCGGUCCGACGGAAGCCGGCUCCGAGGGUCGGAACCAGGUCGGCCCGGAGAUGGCGCCGCCCGCCGGCGGGGCGGCGACUGUGUCAGUCCCGGGCUCCACCGCAGUGCUCCUGGCUGUGAACGCCGCGGUGAGGCCGCUGGGUGCCGGGCCAGAGGUCGAAGCGCAGCUACGGAGGCUGCAGUUGAGCGCAGACCUAGAGCACCCCGGGCGCUUCCGGCUGGAGUUGCUGGGCACUGGCCCUGGGACGGUCAGUUUGGAGUGGCCCUUGGAGUCCGUCUCCUACACCAUCCGGGGGCCUAACCAGCAUGAGUUGCAGCCUCCACCAGGAGGGCCUGGAACCUUCAGUCUGCACUUUCUCAACCCUCAGGAAGCUCAGCGGUGGGCAGCGCUAGUCCGAAGUGCCACCGUGGAGGGACAGAAUGCCAGUGGCAGCUCAACCCCAGCCCUGGACCCAGAAACAUGCCCUGUUUCCCUGUCGAGUCCCCCUGGAACUCCCACACUCAAGGUCCCCCAACCUGAGGCUGAUCUUCCCCAGACCCCUGGGGACUUGAUGGAAAAAGAAGAGCUGGCAGGGCGCCUGGCCCAGGCCAUUGCAGGUGGGGAUGAGAAGGGGGCAGCCCAAGCUGCAGCUGUCCUGGCCCAGAAUCACGUGGCCCUCAGUGUCCAGCUCCAGGAAACCUGCUUCCCACCUGGUCCCAUCAGGCUACAGGUCACACUCGAAGAUGCUGCGUCUGCUACAUCUGCCUCAUCUUCUGCCCAUGUCACACUGCAGGUCUACCCCCAUUGCACCAUUGCAGCCCUCCAGGAGCAGGUAUUCUCUGAGUUCGGUUUCCCACCAGCCGUGCAGCGCUGGAUCAUUGGGCAGUGCCUGUGUGUGCCUGAGCGCAGCCUCGCCUCCUACGGAGUCUGGCAAGAUGGGGACCAUGCUUUCCUCUACUUACUUUCAGCCCGAGAAGCCCCAGGAUGCAGCCCUCAGCUCCCCCAAGAAGACAAGGAACUAGGACAUUUGUUUCCCCCAUCAAUGGAGCUGCCUCCAGCCCCCCGGAAAGCCACCUCCAGCCUCCCCAGCCCCUUUCAGCCUGGCUGGGCCUGCCCUUCUUGCACCUUCAUUAACACCCCAAGCCGACCUGGCUGUGAGAUGUGUAGCACCCAAAGGCCCUGCACUUGGGACCCCCUUCCAGCAGCUUCCACCUAGCAGCCAGCAAAGAUUACAGGGAGAGCACCACUCUUCAUUUAUAGGCCUGAGGUCUAAGCCUACUCCUGAACUUCCUCAGGGGACAGCCUCUGCUGAUUGCAUACUGAAGACAAAACCACCAAGGUUGGG